GGCUAACCAGCCUGGGGCUCCCGGUUUCACAAAGAGAAAAGUGACAGAAGCCGUGUAGUGGGAGACGGAGAGAGAGCAGAGCGCCCGGAAGCCACCCAGUCUUGGGGGAGCGUUCAGCUCCCCCAGCCCCGGCUCCCACCCUGUCCGGGGGGCUCCUCAAGCCCUCGGCCCCACUCCCGGGCUCCCCAUGGAAGCCAGCUGUGCCCCGGGAGGAGCAGGAGGAGGAGUCGGCUGAAUGCCCGCGGUGCGCCCCGGGCCCCUGAGCCCAGCCAGCUCCGCGCCGCUGCUCUAAGACCUCCGCGCCCCCUGCGCCCCCUACCCGGGACCGCGCAGCCUACGCCCGCCCCUCCCCCCGGGGCUUCGCCCGGGACCAGCCCCCAGCCCUCUUGCCAGCGCCCAGGCGGGAGCUCUGGGCCGGGCGCACCGCCGCCCUGGAGUGAGGGAAGCCCAGUCGAAGGGGGUCUCCGGAGCCAGCCGUGAUGGAUGCCGUCUUGGAGCCUUUCCCGGCCGACAGGCUGUUCCCCGGAUCCAGCUUCCUGGACUUGGGGGAUCUGAACGAGUCGGAUUUCCUCAACAAUGCGCACUUCCCUGAGCACCUGGACCACUUUGCAGAGAACAUGGAGGACUUCUCCAAUGACCUGUUCAGCAGUUUCUUUGAUGACCCUGUGCUGGACGAGAAGAGCCCUCUACUGGACAUGGAACUGGACUCCCCCACACCAGGCAUCCAGGCUGAGCACAGCUACUCCCUGAGCGGUGAUUCAGCACCUCAGAGCCCCCUUGUGCCCAUCAAGAUGGAGGACACCACCCAAGACAUGGGACAUGGAGCAUGGGUGCUGGGACACAAACUGUGCUCCGUCAUGGUGAAGCAGGAGCAAAGCCCAGAGCUGCCCACGGACCCCCUGGCAGCCUCCUCAGCUGUGGUCACCACCACCAUCAUGGCCACCACCCCGCUACUGGGGCUCAGCCCCCUGUCCAGGCUGCCCAUCCCUCACCAGGCCCCAGGAGAGAUGACUCAGCUGCCAGCGAUCAAAGCAGAGCCCCAGGAGGUCAGCCAGUUCCUCAAAGUGACACCAGAGGACCUGGUGCAGAUGCCUCUGACACCCCCCAGCAGCCACGGCAGCGACAGUGACGGCUCCCAGAGUCCCCGUUCUCUGCCCCCCUCCAGCCCUGUCCGGCCCAUGGCCCGCUCCUCCACGGCCAUCUCCACUUCCCCCCUCCUCACGGCCCCUCACAAAUUACAAGGGACAUCCGGGCCACUGCUCCUGACUGAGGAGGAGAAGCGUACCUUGAUUGCUGAGGGCUACCCCAUCCCCACAAAACUCCCCCUCACCAAGGCCGAGGAGAAGGCCUUGAAGAGGGUUCGGAGAAAAAUCAAGAACAAGAUCUCAGCCCAGGAGAGCCGCCGUAAGAAGAAGGAGUAUGUGGAAUGUCUAGAAAAGAAGGUAGAGACAUUUACAUCAGAGAACAAUGAACUGUGGAAGAAGGUGGAGUCCCUGGAGAAUGCCAACAGGACCCUGCUCCAGCAGCUGCAGAAACUCCAGACUCUGGUCGCCAACAAGAUCUCCAGACCUUACAAGAUGGCUGCCACUCAGACUGGGACCUGCCUCAUGGUGGCAGCCUUGUGCUUCGUUCUGGUGCUGGGCUCCCUCAUGCCUUGUCUCCCUGAGUUCUCCUCCAGCUCCCAGACUGUGAAGGAAGACCCCGUGGCCACUGACAGUAUCUACACAGCCAGUCAGAUGCCCUCCCGAAGCCUCCUGUUCUAUGAUGAGGGGGCAGGCUCAUGGGAGGAUGGCCACAGUGCCCUGCUACCUGUGGAGUCCCCUGAUGGCUGGGAAAUCAAGCCAGGGGGGCCGGCAGAUCAGCAACCCCAGGACCACCUGCAGCAUGACCACCUGGACAGCACCCAUGAGACCACCAAGUACCUGAGUGAGGCCUGGCCCAAAGAUGCUGGUGGGAACAGCACCAGCCCUGACUUCUCCCACCCUGAGGAGUGGUUCCACGAGAGGAUUAAAGACACAGACUUCAGAGUAAGAAGAGGUGCUUCUGACCUGUCACUUUGCCAGCUGUGUGUGGUAGGCAGGUUCCUAAUACUCCAGCCUACACACCUGUUUAAUCCCCUCCAUAGGGCAUGGAGGGUGCCUAUGACUAUGAAGGGAAGUCACUCCUAGGAUUAGGUGACCUUUAAUGUUAAACAUAAAGAGAUUUUGCAGAUGUAAUUAAGGUCCCAAAUCAGUUGAUUCUGAGUUCUUCAAAAGGGAGCUUAUCCUGGGUGGGCCUGACUUAAUCAGAUGAAAGCCAUUGAAGAGGGGACUGGGCCCUUACUGAAGCAUCUCCUGCUGGCGUUGAGGAAGCACACAGCCACACUGUGAACUGCAUGAAGAAGAGUGACCUCAGUAUCACAGUAGCAAGACAUUGAAUUCUGCCAACACACUCAGCAAGCUUAGAAGAGGGUCCCAGCUCCAGAUGAGACCCCCAGCCCCUCUAACACCUGGAGUGCGGCCUGGUGAGGGCCUGAGCACAAGACUCUGCUUAGCUGUGCCCAGACUCUGAGCUCAUACCUGGGUUGUUUUAAGUUGCCGUGUUUGUAGUGGUUCCUUGUGCAGCAUAGGAAACUAAGAUAACCUGAAUCUCUCUGAGCCUCCAUUUCUCCAUUUGUAAAAUAAGGAUAUAACUAAUACCCAAUGCAUGGGGUUCAAUUAUGUAAAUUAUGUAAGAUGCAGAGAACAGGGCCCAGGAUACAGUGCCUCCAAGGAAGAUGAGCUGUGCAUUUAGAGAUGACAAUAGUUACAGUAGGCUAGGAGCCAAGCUAGGGGUAUGAUCAUAGGGUAGAGGAAUGUGCCUCACUCAGACUGGAGCAGCAAGGGCUUCCUUGGAGGAGGUGACAUGAAGGACUGAACAGGCAAGAGAGAGGAAAGGAGCAUUCUAGGAAGAGGAACAGCCUGGGCAAAGGCCUCCAAGGUAGGAGACAGCAGGAAAACUUCAAGAAAAUUCAAAUAGUUCAGAGCAGUUGGAAGGUAGAGCACAAGGAUGCUGAGAGCUGAGGCUAGAUGGUGAUCAGGGGCCAGAUCCAAAGGGGCCUCAAAUGUCUUACUGAGGUUUGGGAUUUUUAUCACAGAGGCAUAAUACUUUGAGGCUCAGAAGCAGGGGCAUGGUGGUGGGAUGAUGCCUAUACCAGUUGCCCACCAGAGGAAAAUCUGGGCAAGAUCAGAGUUAGAGAAACAGAGCUGGCCAUCAGGCUCCAUCUUCUAUCCCCCUUUCUUCUGCAACCUCACCUUGAUCACUUGAUGGGGACCUCAUUGCCUGCUUCUGAGCAUCAGUUUCAACUGCUAGUACCUGCACAAUUUUACAGGAAGGUCAUUAAAGGGCUCUGGGCCACACCCCCUUUUCUGAUUGAUUCACUCAGUCCCUCUUUUAGUCAUUCAACAAACUGCCCUCAAAGACUCCAGGCUGGUGGUGGAGGCUGGAAAGUAAACCAGCCAUUGGGGCCAGUGUGAUGGAGGGGUGUACAGGAUGUUAAGGGGACAGAGGAGAUUUGGUGGGUCGGUGGGGAACAACUCAGAGGAGGUGACCCUUUAUCUUGGUCUUAAAGACUGUAUGAGAGUUGGUAAGAUAGAGAAGAAGUAAGAGUGUUGGGGUGGGAAGAAUGACUCCAAAAGCAUGGAGCUCUGAAAAGCAGGGCCAGGGCUGGGGUGAGGCAAGGGGGUGGGUAGUGUACAAAAUAUAAGGAGGAGCAGAGGUGGAGCCAAGAUGGCGGCAUGAGUAGGACAGUGGGAAUAUUCUCCAAAAAUAUAUAUUUUUGAAAAUACAACAAAUACAACUAUUCCUAAAAGAGAGACCAGAAAACACAGAACAACAGCCAGACUACAUCCACACCCGUGAGAACCCAGCACCUCAUGAAGGGGGUAAGAUGCAAGCUCCGGCCUGGCAGGAACUGAGCACUCCUCACCCCAGCUCCGGGCGGGAGGAGAGGAGUCGGAGCGGGGAGGGAGAGGGAGCCCAGGACUGCUAAACACCCAGCCCUAGUCAUCCGCACCCAGAGCACAGACACACUGUGAGGAGUGUGGAAAACUAGCAAAACAGGACAGUAAAACCUGCCAGCGGGUCCCUGCAGCUGGCACCCCUGGGACAAAAAAAGAGUGCUUUUUGAAAAUCUUAAAGAGACAGGGAC